UAACCCCGCAAAUUAACUUGCUACACUGUAAGCCUUUUCUCAAUUACACCGUUUUGAUAACAUAGCUGCGAUACAGCGGAAUAACAGGUCCUAAGCUCUCUAAAUAUCAGCAUUACGUUGGUAAAAUGCCACGAAAUUAUAUCUUUUUUACUCAAACUAUUACGUUAGAAUUGCGUUGUAAUAUUUAACAUUGUUGGUAGGAGAACCUCAGGCACGAUCCUAUCUCAAAAGGAGAAACGAAAAUAGAAAAGCGAAAUUCUAAUCUCUAAAAAAAAAAAAAUAAAAUGAGUAACCAAAUGUCGAAUUAAUUUUUUUUUUUACGAAUCAAAAAAUCUGACCUAAUCCCACCAAUUCGAUUGAUAAUAUAGAACAACGACGGUACAAAUAAAUAAUACGAGAUAAAAUAAAAAGAGAACAACGAAGUUUUAGUUGCGGCCCUGUUUGAAUUAUUUUACGUUAGUUUCAGAUACAUACAUAGGCUGAUAUACGUAUACGUACAUACACAGGUAUAUAAAGAAAUAUAGGGAGAGGGGGAUAAGAUGGAUAUAGAAGGGAAGGAGUACGUUUGUGAACUCGUGUUACAGAACAGGCAGACUUUCUCUCCCUCAACUGUGACAUAAUUUCUUACACACCUGGCAAAGUGUUCUCUCUCGCGGUUCAACGGAAGCUGGACUAGUUUCGUUUAUCAUCAAACCCGGUGCGGACAUGCCAAGUAGUCACGGUGUCCUUGUCGCUCUGCUUUUCACCACCCUCGCGGUAGUCAUCGUUACUAGCAGCAUCGUUCAGCAGAAACGUGCAGCGAAUUUCGAUUAUUACGACGAUGGCUAUCAAAAUUUCCAGCCUGUGGUGAAGUUCCAAAGGCCAAUUGUAGUUCCAGAAUUCCCGAAAAAGGAUCAACAAGAUCUCAGUAAGAUUCCCGGUAUUCCUGGAGUAGACUAUCCGAUUUAUCACAGCGUUCCAAAGACCAGUUUUUCUUGUGCUCAUGUACCCCAUGUACCAGGAAUGUACGCGAAUGUAGAGACCGGUUGUCAGGCCUAUCAUAUAUGCCACGAUGGCAGAGAAGGUCAGCAAGGAGCCUCGUUUCUGUGCACUAAUGGGACUCUUUUUAAUCAGCAAGACUUUGCUUGUGAUUGGUGGUACAACGUGAAUUGUGCUUUAGCGCCACAAUAUUACAGAUUAAAUUCGGAUCCAUUGACGAAUCCUUAUGUGUCAAAAGAGGAAAAAGAUGCUAUCAAGCAGAGAUUAAAUCGCAUCGUAGUGCUCUAAUUUCUAAUUUUAAUUAAUGAAAAUUUUAUUAAAUUUUUUGGUAUUACUGCGGAGAUCAUGAUCUUAAAAAUUUAUUACAAAAUCGUGAUAUAUCUAAUAGUCAUUCCAAAAUUAUAUUGCAAAAUUAAUCUUAGAAAAAAUUCUAAAUGCA